AUGGCUCUUAAGUUUCUCAGUUCACAUGCGUCCCAUUCCGGAACGAGCAGCAGUGUGAAAUACUUCGAUAUCCGCCUCGACAAUGACUACAUUGUUUUCCGAGGGAGCGAGGAUGAGGCCGCCAGCGCCCAGUUGUCUGGCACGGUUGUUCUGUGUCUUACCGAGCCCAUGAACAUUUCGCAUGUUGACCUGACUCUGAGUGGCAUCCUGCACAUGUCAUGGCAAACUAGUAGUACCUCCUCCAUGUCCGGUCGACGUACUGCCUACCGCGAGAAAACUUUCUACGAGAAAAAUUGGUCCUUCCGAGAUCCAGGCAAAGGCAAAACCGAGAUCCUACCUUCGGACAAUUACGAGUGGCCCUUCUCUUGCAUUCUCGAGGGCGCCCUACCCGAGAGCGUCGAAGGAAUGAAAGAUGCUUGGAUCAUAUACCGGCUCAAGGCCGAGAUCAAAAGAAAGAGAGGCAGGGAUAUUGUCGUCCGGAAACCUCUCAGGAUUGUCAGGACUCUCGAUGCCAAUGCCCUGGAGCUGGCUCAUGCUAUGAGCGUGGAGAAUAUCUGGCCAAACAAAAUCGAAUACUCGAUCAGCAUACCCAACAAGGCGGUGGCUUUCGGCUCUUUUGUCCAGGUCGACUUCAAACUGAUUUCUCUUCUCAAAGGUUUAGUGAUAGGGAAUAUCUCGACGCAAGUGAGGGAGGAGCAUGAAUUCGUGGUGGAUCCCGAAUGGGGGGUAUCAUCCCUCAACAACGGUGUCACCAAAGUCGACCGGACAAUUGUCUCGGAUAUCUAUAAGGUUAAUCCUGAAAAGGACGAACAGGUCAUCGACGAAGUGGCAGAAGGAUAUCAGUUCUCUCGCUAUCUAGAACUCCCAAAAACCCUCAACCAGUGCUUACAAGACUGCAACGUCAAAGGCAUCAAAGUUCGACACAAGGUCAAAUUUAAUGUGCAGUUGCACAACCCCGACGGCCACAUUUCUGAACUCCGAGCAAACCUGCCCGUCUCCUUUUAUAUUUCACCUAGUCUACCGAUAAACGAAAACAACGAUCUCGUCGACCAGUCACCUCAGGCUGGGCGAGCAGCCAUCGCGAACGAUCUGGCCCAUUCGGCGCCUCCUGUAUAUGGACAACACACCCUAGACGCAUUAUACUCGGAUGUUGACGGCUAUCGUACUCCAGGCAUGGCGCUGUCAAGUCCGGGCACACCUUAUUUGCAUAGUCGACAUGCUUCAUCAGAGAACCUUGCUAGUUUGGCCGGCGUCGCAAAUGGCAAUUUUGUCUCGCCGAUAGCACUUGAGAAUAGGCUUCAAGAUCUGCGCUUCGCAGAUGCAGGGCGCACAAAUGACGACGAUAAUGAAGCUCCAGGAGGGGCUGGACGUUCGAGAGGAGAUUCAAAUGCUCCUCAAUCCAUCGACGAUUACUUUUUAAGUCAUUCCUCGACGCCAGGCGCCCCGCCUCGUGUGAGUCCUCACGAGCCAUCAUCUCACAACGGACUCUACUCUGUCGAUCCAAGUCAACCAGGAAGCAAUCUGAUGUCACGGAGAACAUCUGAAGAAGAUGAGGGACAACAACCUUCCGGCUCCCGCACACCAUUCCCCCAAUACGACCACAUGGAAAACCUGGCCAGGGUGCCCUCGUAUGCGACGGCCGUCAAGGCCCCAGCUCCACGAACACCCUACGAGGGUUCGCCGUGUCUUCCGACUUAUGGCGCUGCAGUACGCGAGCCUAGUCCGCCGGCACUUGCAGAGCCUCCAACAGCACAUAUUCGAGCGUCUCCGAGGAUCCCCGGGAGUCUGGCAUCAAGCCCGCCGGAUUUAUCUUCCAAUGGACCACGGCCACUCGCUCCACACCGGAAUGUGAGUUCCCUCCAAGAUGAAGAGAGGAGGUUGAGACUUCUUCAGAUGCGAGGACGAUGA